CUCCCGUGGCCGGGCAUUUAUAGCUCUGUGUGUUACAGUUCACUAAAUACUCUCAACUUCUCGAAAAGCUGGUUUUUUCCUCUUGGGAGCGGCUGACUCUACCCUUUAUGAGAAUUGCAAGCCUGCUGGUGCCCUGCCCAUUGGGAAACACCUCACUCUGUCACUCUAUAAAUGUCUGAGGUGGCCCCAAGGGAGGACUUGUGCAGCACCGCUGUCUCCCCAGGACGUGAAGUUCCCACCACCCCACCAUGAGGUUUCUAGUCCUCUCCAGAUUGCUCUGCAUCUUGCUCCUCUGCUUCUCCAUCUUCUCCGUGGAAGGGAGAAGGCAUUCUAGGCAUCUUGCCAAGCCCCGGAAAGGCAAGCUUUGCUGUUCCCGAGUUCCUAGUCCUGUCCCGACGGCCCAGAAAGGGCGCCAUGUGAGGAUCUGCAGACAGUGCAAAGUCAAGCCAGGGUCCCGCACUUGGGUAGUACCUGGGGCUCUCCCGCAAGUGUAAUGCUGCCCAAACAAGUCUGCACGCAAGUUGAGACCCUCAUGCCCAGUGCCUGAGGCACCCAGAAGUCUCAGGUUCUCUCAGGAUGCUCCUCUUGAAGCUGGGGCUGAGGGCAGAGAUGCCAAGAGCCUUGGCCCAGGGAAGCUUCUGCCCAUGAACCAUAAGCCUCUUCUCUUAAAGACACAACAUUUAUUCCCUGCUAUGUUGGAAUGUGCUCACGCUGCCUUUU